AUGCGCCUCUUUCUCGUGCCCGUCUCGACGCGGCGCACGCUUCUCUACGCGCAGCGCCUCGGCGUCACUACAAAGGAUCAGAGCUCCGCGUCGCUCCUCGACAAGGGCGUCGCCUUUGCCGCGCGCACGUGGGCCGGCUGGGAGAAGAAGGAAAAGGGCUGGCAGCGCAAGGUGGUUGGCUACGGCAACUAUGCCUUUCGCCGCAUCCCCUUUGCGGAAUGGGGCCUCAAGUCGGUGCCCCCGCUGUCGGCACGGCGGCGCGCCGAGGAGCUGCAGGGUGACGGUGGCGGCAGGAUCGAGCUCGUGUUUCCGGGCUCCGUCAUCCCGGAGACCCAGGUCGAGAACGUGGCGCGCAGGCUCGCGACGGAGAGGCAGGCGAUUCACCGCCGGCAGAUGAUGUGGUGCCUUGUGGGAAUGCCAAUCACGCUUCCUUUUGCGCUCGUUCCAGUUAUACCCAAUUUGCCCUUCUUCUACCUUGUGUACCGCGCAUUCUCCAACUGGCGCGCAAUCGCCGGUGGCAAGCACGUUCAGUGGCUGAUUGAGAAUAAGCUUUUGGUGCCGUCGCCGUCAAAGGCGCUCGACCUGGUGUAUGCGCAAUCGCCUGCGGCUGUCGCCAAAGUCAAGGAUCCCGAGGCCAAGGAGGAGGUUCUCUUGACGCAUACGCAGAUUCGCACGUGCACAGACGCGCUGGGGAUUCCGGAGCUGGAAACGGAGCUGGACCGAGCCGUCUGGCAGAUUGAAGAGGAGCUGAAAAAGGAGGACCAGAAGCAGCAGGAAGCCGGUGCCUCUUCUCCGUCCAGCAAAGAAGCAGGAGAGAAGUCUGCUAACAAGGAUAAGAAGGAUCAGUGA